AUGGGUAACUCAGUAUCAUGGCUGUCGGGCCUGCUGUGGGCAAAGAAGGAGAUUAGGAUAUUGAUUCUGGGUCUGGAUAACGCUGGCAAGACAACUCUGCUCUACCGGUUGAAGGUUGGCGAGGUUGUCACGACGAUACCCACCAUAGGUUUCAACGUCGAAUCCGUCACCUACAAGAAUCUUAAUUUCAACGUCUGGGAUCUCGGUGGUCAAACAAGCAUCCGACCAUACUGGCGGUGCUACUACGCCAACACGGCGGCCGUCAUCUUCGUGGUGGAUUCUACCGAUAUCGAGCGAUUACAGACGGCAUCAGAAGAGCUCUCGGCCAUGCUAAACGAGGAAGAGCUCAAGGAUGCGGCGCUCCUGGUGUUUGCCAACAAGCAGGAUCAACCCGGAGCCAAGGGCGCGGGCGAGAUCUCGGAGGCGCUGCGUCUGGGCGAGCUACGCGACCGCAACUGGAGCAUCAUGGCGUGCUCGGCGGUCGACGGCAGCGGUGUGAAUGAGGGCAUGGAUUGGCUUGUGGUGAGUUUGUCCCUGAUGCUUUCCAAGGGACAUUAUACUGAUGUGUAUCUUAGCAAACCGUCAACCAAGACUAAGCCCAGCCCUCCAAUGACGAUUUUUCCUUGCACCUCGGUUUGGCAUUUGUACAACAGACGACAUGAAAUGAUUGCAACAACAACCACCAACACCUCACGGUUCAGUGGCAUCUGGGUAGACAGCGUAUACGGAGGAGGAGAACGAAAGCAGAUGAUGACUCGGCGUCACAGGGAAAGGAGCCCGCUGAUUCCUGAGAAGGGUUAA